UCUCUUCUCAUCUCACAACCAAAGUACAAGUUAAAUUCUUCAAAUACCCAACCCAAAUUUUCUCUCUCUAGAAAUGGCACCGAAGGCGGCAGAGAAGAAACCGGCGGAGAAGAAGCCCGCGGCCGAGAAGGCCCCCGCGGCGGAGAAAGCUCCGGCGGAGAAGAAGCCCAAGGCAGGGAAGAAGCUCCCCAAGGACGUGGGCGGCGCCGCCGCCGGAGAGAAGAAGAAGAAGCGGACGAAGAAGAGCGUGGAGACGUACAAGAUCUACAUCUUCAAGGUGCUGAAGCAGGUCCACCCGGACAUCGGGAUCUCGAGCAAGGCCAUGGGAAUCAUGAACAGCUUCAUCAACGACAUCUUCGAGAAAUUGGCCCAGGAGGCGGCGCGUCUGGCUAGGUACAACAAGAAGCCCACCAUCACUUCUCGGGAAAUCCAAACCGCCGUCCGAUUGGUGCUUCCCGGCGAGUUGGCCAAGCACGCCGUUUCUGAAGGAACCAAGGCCGUCACCAAAUUCACCAGCUCUUGAAGGGUGUAACUUUUUCUAGGGUUUCGAUUUUAUUUCUCCGUUACUGUUCUUUUUUAAAAGUUGUUUGUAGGUUAAAUUAGGGUUUGGUAGGAGUAUGUAAAUUAGGGCUUUUUUAGAUAUGAAGAAAUGAUGAUGUAUGGUUUUAUGUGGUAAUGAAUUACUUCUUUGGGUUAUGUUA